AUGAUAAUCAUUGGAGAUACUCUCCAUAACAUCAGUGAUGGAUUGGCCAUUGGUGCCGCUUUCGCAGAAGGUGGUAGCUCGGGUGUUUCUGGUGGAAUCAGUACUUCUAUUGCUGUGUUUUGUCAUGAGCUGCCUCAUGAACUUGGUAAAUAACUAUCUUGAUGAUUUUUAAAUUUACAUUGUAAGUAUCCCUCUAUUGGUUGCAGAUGUUACAUGAUGCCCCAAAUAAGCUCAGGACCACAAAGGGUUCUAAAUUAAAAACUGGUCUGAUAUUGGCAGCCAGUGUGGCAUCUCUACUGACAUCUGAGAUCACUACAAACAAAAUGAUGUAUUUAGCAGACAUGUAUUGUUGGUUACUAAUCUGUAACAUUUAUUAUUUACUUAUGUAAUAUUUAUGUUAAAGAUACACUGUGUGCAAAGGGAGUAGUUUGGAUAGCGUGGGGCUAGUGCAUUUUUCCAUUGGGCUAGUAAAUUCAGUUGUUAACUUGCCUGAUGGGCAAGAGAAGAUUAUUGUAAAAUUCAAGUUGUUACAGAAGAACUGUAAUCAAUCCUUCCUGUCCAGGACAGUUGAAAUGACUUUUGGGUUAUUACAUGCUAGCUAUAAGUAAACUGACUUUCUUUGCACCCUGAUACAUCACCUGAAUUUUGCAUAGGAUUAUUAUAGAAUUGGCCAGAGCUGAAGGCGAAGCUCCCAUUUAUGCAUUUUAAAUUUACUUCAGGCAAUGGAAUUUUAGACCAUUGCAAAGAAAUCCACAAAUCUAUACUUAGCUUUAGGGGAGAACCAUGUGACUGAAAAACAUAAACUUUAGUCUACUAUCAAUUAAAAGCUAACAACUGGUCAGCGGAAAACUUCAAAAAGGCACGUGGCCUCAAUGAGUUGGCACCUGAGCCCGUGAUACGGUCAUGUGACUCUGGUCAGCGGAUACCUUGUUUUGACAGCGGUCAAUUGAGCAUAAUAUGGAUGACUGUCUAUUAUCAAGUUAAAUACCGGUUAGAGGCAUUUCACAUUGGUUGUCCUGUGGCGCGGACGGACGGACGUUCGGUCACGUGAUGACCAAAAUUUCUUAGCUGGAUAGAUUACCAAAUUUUCUUACGUAUGGGGCUCUGCUCACACGGGCGUGGAGCUCCGCAGAAAAGACCACUGGUUUUUGUAUUAAUCAUGACGUUAAAUAAAUUGAUAAGGGAAGACAUUUGUGCUGUACCAGUAUUUUAAAUUUUUACAGCCUGGAAGUAGUGUUAUUAUCCCACAAUGGUUUUAAUAAAACUUAAGUCAAUUUUCUUUUCUUUUUCCUUGUGUCACAGGGGACUUUGCAGUUUUGCUGACAGCUGGCAUGACAGUCAAGAUGGCUUUAUUAGCCAACUUGCUUUCUGCCUUGUCUUGUUAUAUUGGCUUAGCAAUUGGUAUAUACGUUGGUCAAGAAGCUGAUGUGCGUUUCUGGAUAUUUGCUGUGGCUGGUGGAAUGUUCCUUUAUGUCGCAUUGGUGGACAUGGUAAGUGUUUUAGGAGUAUCGAUAAUGAGAUCACUUUAAUUUAUGGAAAGUCUCUUCUUGCUGUCCGUUUCCCAAUGGACAAUUUAGGAUGAAACAACGUUAUGGGUAGACUGCCAAACAGUCCGUAUUUUCGCGUAUUCAAGUACGUGCGAGUAGUCGAGAGAGGCUGAAAACGGCGAGCGAGACUGGGGAGAGACGCUAAAAAUACGUUUUUCUUUUCUCUCGCAUCACACGCCUCACAGGUGAGGCUCUUGAGCCACGCUAAACCAAUUUUGAGAAAGUGAGAAAAACAAAGACUGUUUUGCAGUCUACGUUAUGGGGUUCCUCAGCUAUUAAACAAAUUUGUUGUUGGAUGAGGUCUCAGUGAUAUCCGGAAUAAGGUUAUCGCCCAUGGUUGUCAUGGAAGUCACCCAAAAGAUCUUUUCGUGACAUACCCUGUAGCUGUUCUUAAGCCAGUAAGUAGUUUUACAUUGAAAUCUCUUCGUUUUGAUGGCGCAACUUGUCAGUGGUUCGCAGGUUCACAGCUCAUCUUCGGCGAUGACAUUAAUUGAUGAUUUUUAUGUUUUUUUUUUCUUGAACACAGCUUCCUGACCUGAUGCACAGCGAAACUCUUCAAGCAGAACCUGUUGCUACGUUCUUGUUACAGAACUUCGGUUUGGUCCUUGGAUUCGCCAUUAUGUUGAUAAUUGCGCUUUAUGAAGAGGACUUAAUGGCAAUUAAUUUCUAG